AUGAUCAGUUUGAGCGACCGUCAAACACGUAGAGCUUCGGUCAGUGUUCUUUCGUCUUGUUUUCUACAUUCGACAAACCUGCUUGAUUAGUUGUAUAAAUGCUCACAGCUAACUUCUUUGCCCCCCUCUGCUCACAAUUCAAAAAAUUGAGUUGUUUUAUUAAAAAUAAAAAAAUUGUUGAUGAACACUAGUUAAAACAUGGAAAUUGGGGAAAAAAAUCGAACUUUUUCCUUUUCAGCACUUUCCGUGUUUUAGCCACUAUCCACCAAUAUACGGAUUUCAGAAUUGUAUGUGGGUGACAUCUUUGAACAAAGGAAAAUCUACUAGACCAGUGUCAUUGCCUUUGUAAAAAUUUUAUGUUUAAUUUGAUAUAAAUCGCAGUUUGCUGAAAAAGUCAGCAUAAUAGCGAUCUAAGCACCAUGAGACCAUAUUCAACUUAUUUCAUCUCCUGGGAUGACUUUAUAUGUGUAAUGUACUUAACCUACUCAGCCUACGUUGCAUAUUGUCUUCAUUACAUACAUAUCUGUAACCAACCUUCUCAUGUAUUUGGAUGGUCUUGGCGUUUCAUACGAUACUAGUAUUUUGACUGUUGCUUCGUGAUGACAGGAUUGUAUAGCAGGAUUGUGUGACAGCUUGAGAAAAAAAUUAAGUUCAUGCAGAGUCGUGGAAAAUUGGUUUGUGGUUUUGAGUUCACGCAAUAACCCAGAAAAUUGUCUAUUUUUGGCGGGACCUAUUGGCCC